AUGAAUUAUCAACAACAAAAUUAUAUUCCAAAUAAGGUUCCACAGGACAAGAGACAAUAAAUUAUCGAACUUUAAUAAUUAUUUCCAGUGGUUUCAUUGCAUGAUAAAGUCAACCAAGAUUAUUAAGAGCAAUAUUUAAUUACAAUUCUUCCAGAUAUUCAAAUAAAAUUAGUGAUCAAUAAAGACUAUCCAUUAAGCUAAGCUAAAUAUUUUGUGAUAUCAAAUUUACAACAUGAGAGCAUUAAUGAAACAAAUUGGUAAAUUAAAGUGCAAAACAAAGAAACCUUUAAGCUUACUGCUCUAACUAUCAAAGAGCUAUUCCUAGUGUCCAAACCUCAGUAAGAUCCUUAUAUUGAGGAAUUAGCAAAUUUAAAAAAUAAAAUAAAAGAGGAAUAAAUUAUACAAAGAAUUCAACAAGUAGAUUUAAAGACCUUAUUCCAAAAUGUACCUGUGACAGAAUACAAGAAAAUAAUAGAAAGUGGAAAGUUACUUGAAUAUAUUGAAAAAUUGCCUGAUUAUAAAUUAUUGACUCAAUAUAUAAUAGAAUUGGGAAAAACAAAUGAGAAUUUUGCUGAUCAUCUCAUAGAAUAAGAUAAAAAGAUUAGGAAUUAAAAGGCUGAAUUGAUUAGUUUAGCAGCUUACUUCGAUAGACUAAAAACAGAUGUCAUAAGCAAGGACAGAGAAUGUAAAGAAGUUCAAAAUAGAUUGGAUCCAUAUCAUAUAGUCCGUUAGUUGGAUGAGUAAAUUAAUUAGUUAGAUGAAAUAAGUAAUGAAAAAAUAGAGGAUUUAAAUGGAUCUACUAUUAUAUUGAAUAAAUAAUUUGAUGAGGAUUUAUAAUAAUACUUGAACUUAAGAAAGUAACAACACAAAUUAUAAAUAAAAAAAGACAAAUUGGAACAAACACUUCUUUAAAGGAAAAUGGAACAAAUGAAAUAAUAAUAAUGA